CGUGCAUUGGGGUGCUAUUUAACUUUGCAGUCCCCCCGACGGCCCCAUCCUCCGCCUCUCUUUGAUCUUCCAGAUACAAUCACCAUCGCUGAAUCAGCCCUCGUCGCUGCCCAUCUCCACCACUCACAUUCGCUUUUUGCACUCACCCCAAGGAAGUCCUCGUCGACUCCUGUCAUUCGCUUGUUUCUUUUUUUGUUUUUAUUUUGUUGUGUUGAAGAGAAGAGGAGGAUUGAGGCAAUAUCCCGAAACAUCAUCAUCCAGCCAGCAUAUCUCUCUCAAAAACACACUCUAGAAAGCAUACAACCAACCAACCAGCCAACCACACGAUCGCUACUGACUGCUGUUGAGGAAAAGGAAGGAAGAAAAGGACACCAAGAGAAGAGGAAGAAGGAAAACGGCCCGGAAAGGAAGAGAAUCUCCACAAGAUUCGAAAACCAAACCAAACCAAACUCUAUCACCGCCACCAGUAGUUACCGUACCAUCAUCACACGUAGCAGCAAGUAGCAGCAGCAGCAGUAGCCUUUGCCUCCUCGACGCAUCUCCACUCAGGAACCAGGCUCUCUCUCUCUCGCACGGCAUUUUGACUCAUUCGGCUACCCAUCUCCAAGCUCCGCCUCCAGGUCUGCGCCAAGCGGGGACAUAGCCUUGUGCUGUCCUUCAACAUCAAUAUAGUGUCAGCCUUACACUACUUUGUGCGCCUCUCCCCAACCGCAUCUCACGACGUUCGCUAUCCCAUCCAGGACGCACUGCACUGACUGUGUGUUCUGAUUUAUUUCUUUCAUUUUCAUAAUCUUCCAAAGUAUCUCGCAUAAUGGCCGGUCCCGGUGGUGGUCCUCCUCGUCGGAGCCACACCAAGUCCCGGAAGGGAUGUGAAUCUUGCAAGCGCCGCCACAUCAGAUGUGAUGAAAGCUUCCCUCAAUGCCGCAACUGCACCAAGCACAAGGUCCGCUGCCCGUACAACGACAUCACUCAGCCUGAUGAGAGGUCUUGCUCGCCUGACAAGCCCGACCUCAUGUGGACCCCUCAGAUUGAGGAGGAGAUCAACCAGUGGAAGAUUACCGGGGUGUUCCCAUUCCCGCACAUCUAUCCUGCACCGACACCCUGUGACUUGACUCUGGACCAGCUCAGGCUGAUCCACCAUGUUGCGUCCAUCAGCGAGCAGAUGGAGAGCCUCAAUGCCAAUGGCUUCACGCUUUGGACGCGGCGGAUUCCCACAAUCAUCCAGAUCGGUGCUACCUACGACUAUGUCUUGCAUGCGCUGCUGGCGUUUUCCGCCACGCACCUUGCGCACCUGACCGACUGCCCAUUGGUGGGCAACAUGGCCUACGAGCACCGGGGCAUUGCGCUGAACCGCCUUCAGGAAGCCAUCGGCUGCUUCUCGAGGGAGAACUCCGACGCCAUCCUGGCGGCUUCGCUCGUGCUGUCGUGGCAAGCCACGGAUUGGAAGAGCUGGACCGAACUCAUGCAAGGAACCUCGACGAUUAUCGAUGCCAUGGAAUCCUGGAAACACGAGUCCCUGUUUGGCGACUUCAUCGCCGAGAGCAGCACGUUCCCUACCGGCCCUCCGUCGCCCACCCCGGACCACCAGCCCAGCCAGCCAUGCGCUGCCGACAUGGACAGUUACCAGCGGACUCUGAAGCAGCUGCAGAAGCUCGAACACCAUCUGAAGCAGAGCCAUGAGAGCCCCAAGCCCAUCACGCAGCUCAUUGCCUUCAUGAAGGGCUCUCGCAAGAUCGUCUUGACCCAGCCUUUGCACCAGCAGUUUGAGCGCCUUAGGGCGUUGCGCACCUGGCUGUUCUGGCUUCCUGUCGAUAUGCUGCAGCAGAGCAGUUGCUCCCCCAACUCGUUGGUCGUGAUUGCUCACUACUACACGGCCGCUUUGCUGAUGGAGCGUCUUUUCCCCGACAUUGGUGCUGCCUAUUUUGGAAGCCUUACCGUCAAGCCUAUCGAGGAAAUCCAUCAACGUCUCAGCAGCUCGGAGAGGGGCCAGACCUCUCUCAGUUUCAUGGAUCACCCCCUCGGCACAGUCUACGAGUUCCGCUCCCGCAUGGGUUGGGCCCAUCCUGUCGACACGCCCGCAUUCCAUCAGUACACGGCGCCGCCCUUCUACAUGAACGACGGUUCACCGGCCAUGGUUCCCGCUGCUUCUCCAGAGUACUUCUAUGGAGACAGCGUGUCAUUCAGCUACAGCACCGAGGACCUGUCUGUUCCCAACAGCGCCGUCAGCCCUCUGCAGCUGUCAUCCCCGUUCCCUCACUCUGGCAACCAGCAGUAUCUUAACAUCCCUAGCCCCUACGGCGCCUACAGUCCCGUCUCGAGCGUCUAUGGCGACUUUGGCGACGCCGGCCACAGCGACUUCGAAGAUUCUGGAAACUGGACGGUCCCCUACUCAGCCGCCUCUCCCGUCAUGGGUCCUGCCAGCCACCGCUACAGUGUCGGGUUCGUUUCUUCUCCAAUCCAGUCCACGUGGGCCUAGGAGCCUCUGGAAAUCCACAAGUCAAAGGUGAUUGACAAGAUGACGACCAGGCCUUCCUACUCGAGCACAACAUUAGACCACACGCCACAGGAGGACCAGCAGCCAUGGAUGUCAGCUCCGUCUUCGUCUUUUGCUCACUCGCCCUAUCUGAGUCCCGGACCCGCUCAAUACCCUCCGCUUCCAGAAUCACCCCUCACGCCGCUGCUUGCCACGCCAGUGAUGUCAGCACAUUCUAGGUUUCCAAGUCUCGACAACACCGUGAUUCCCGCCCUCACGGCUCCUCAGGAUGACAUCAAGGGAAAGGGAAAGAUGAUGUAGCCCAUGAUCUGCCCCCAACCUCCCAUCCUUAUCCCCACUUUCGCUUUUCCGUUUCUCGUUUUCUUUUUUCCGGAGCGCACUCUCGCUUGUUUUUCCACGCUUCAACACAGACGCAAAUGUACACGACACUCCUUUGGCGAUCACAACCUUGAUCUUCACAACGCAGCUUAUCCCACGGCAUUUUUCUCAAUGCACACGACGCUCCUUUACGACUGCAACGACACUUACCUAAUACUUGCAUUUUUCAUGCACGACGCUCCUUACGAUACACAUAUCUACCGACGCUCCUUUGUCCCGGCUGGUCCAGCAACAACGAACUAUAGACAUUCCUUUACUUUUACCGGAUCGAACGGAUUUGAUACCCAACUUUUAGACACUCCUUUUACGAACCCUGCAUAUAAUCGGCAUAGGCACACACUCCUUUUUCGGCAUUUUUGGUUUUGGAUCCUGAUACCCAACUGCAUAGCAUCUGUUGUUUUGGCUUUUUUUUUUUUGGACUCUGUUUAUCGUUUUGGGAAGGGUUUUAAUCUCUCUCUCUCUCUCUGUGUGUGUAUGUGUGGUCUCUGGCUAUUAAUCUUGUAUUUCCUUUUGGGAGGGAACCAUAAGGGAACAUUUCUGUACACGGCCUUUUUGGUUUUGCGGUGUUCAGGAUCUGCAUUGGAAUGGCGUCUUGUUGGAUUUUUUGUUUUGAUUUGGCUUCUCUGCUUGGUUUUUUCAGCGGGGAGCAAAAGGGAAGAAAAGUACCGGGCGUAUACUCUUGAGGGAUUGGGUGGUGGACUUGGGAAGGGUGGGGUACAGCGAUCACUAUUAUAGCGUGUGGUCGAUGAGCUGUAUUGAUUAAUGUUGUAGUUAGCUUGGGUGUGGAGAGAGGCCAUCUUGCCCUGCUAUCAUGUUGCUGAUCAUGUUUUGUUGUUCUGCCCUUUCACGGAAUGACGACUAGCAUGGUUGAUAUAGCGUAGACAUUGACAGCGGAAAGGGGCGGAUGCCUGAGGAUCUCUAAUUAUUAAUAAUAUAAAGAAAUAAACUCUGGACAAAACA